UCAUCUUAUAACAAGGGCUUAUUAUUACACUACGAAAGUGAAGUGUGUGAUUGCAGCCAAAACGCAGCAUCGGCCAAAGUUUCAAGCCUUGAGACAAGGAACGACAAGAAACCCUAGCUAGCUUCUUCGCUCUCUCUCUCGAAACCACCGCGACUAGCUUCCCGACUCACUUCAACUGCUCGCUCCGGCAUCGACAUUUCUUUCUCUCUCGAUGACAAGCGCUUGGACAAAUUUGAGCUUUGCAAUCAUGCAUAGGGAUAUAGAGAGGGAGUGGGAAAAUCAGGGUGGAUUGGACUUAUGAGUAUUAUUUUUUAUAACUGGAGAUUGUUACUCACACUCAGAAGAGCUAUACAUCUGCAAAAUAUUGUGGAAUGAUGAGGAGACCAAAUAUAUAUUUCCAAUUUAUUAUAGCUUUGGAACUUCUUGGAGAAAAUGUGCGAUGGAGCUUGUGGAGCAUGGUUCACAUGGAGGAUUGCUCUCUUGCGAAGGCUUUGCUAUAUUCUUCCGAUACAAAAAAUGAGUGGUCGUUUUUCUCGUACAAUCUAUGUUGGCAACUUACCUGCAGAUAUAAGAGAAUCGAAAGUUGAAGAUCUGUUUUACAAGUAUGGCCGUAUCCUGGAUGUUGAAUUGAAGAUUCCACCUCGGCCCCCUUGUUAUUGUUUUGUCGAGUUUGAAAAUGCUCGGGAUGCUGAAGAUGCAAUAAGGGGCCGUGAUGGCUAUAACUUUGACGGUUCUCGUUUAAGGGUUGAGCUUGCCCAUGGUGGUAGAGGACCAUCGUCAAAUGAUCGUCGUGGUGGGUAUGGUGGUGGUGGUGGUGGUGGAGGAGGAGGAGGAGGAGGUGGAGGUGGAGGUGGGGGUCGACUUGGCAUCUCACGCCAUUCUGAAUUUCGAGUUAUUGUUCGUGGUCUUCCUUCUUCUGCUUCCUGGCAAGAUUUGAAGGAUCAUAUGCGGAAAGCAGGAGAUGUGUGUUUUGCUGAAGUUACUCGUGAUGGUGAUGGAACUUUAGGCCUUGUUGAUUAUACAAAUCAUGAAGACAUGAAAUAUGCCAUUCGGAAACUUGAUGAUACUGAGUUUAAAAAUCCCUGGGCCAGAGCUUAUAUUCGGGUGAAGCAAUAUGAGGGCUCUCCAUCAAGGAGCCGGAGCCGUGGCAGGAGCAGGAGCAGAAGCAGGAGCAGGAGCCGAAGUCCGAGGAGGAACCGGAGCAAAUCAUUGGAACGAUCUGUUUCAAGGUCAAGGUCAAGGUCGAGGUCAAGGUCUAAAACUAGAUCUGCUUCACCUCUCAAAUCAUCCAGACCAAAAUCAAGGUCCAGGUCGAGGUCUGAAUCUCCCACCAAGGCACGGUCAGGCAGUGCCUGACCGCUUUAAACUCCGUAUCCAAUCAGACUGUUACCUGAAACUUCUUCGAUGUAGAAAACUCUGAGGCCUGCCUGCAAGAAUAUCGAGGGGCCAGUUGUUCUAAAUAUCCAGUCAGACUGUUACUUGAAAUGCUUUGAUGAAGACAUGAACUAGUAGUGUAAGGCUUGGUGGUUUCUUGUCAUUUUGGAUUGCGGAUUUUUACCUUAAGCUUGAACCGAGUAUUUGUUUAUGUUGGCACUUUUGUGUUGAAUUUGGCUACUUCCCUUCCAUCAAUUUAAAUCGGUGAACAUUCAAGUGUGUUAUA